AUGGUGACCCAUCUGCCACCCAAUGAGGACAACCUAAAAAGUGUGGCCACCAUGAGAAAGGCCUACAAUUUUCCCCAGCCUCAGGCCCAGCCCGAGCCACAGCUUAAGGCCCAGCCAGAGCCACAUUUUAAGGCCCAGCCUGAGCCACAGCUUAAGGCCCAGCCUCAGCCCCAGCCUCAGUUCUUGGCCAUGGCUGAGUCCCAGCCUCAAGCCCAGGAAAUUGAGACAUUUUAUCUUUUAGAUUUAUACCCUUUGUUUUUCUCAAACACAGUUACAUCUUUAAUUGGAUCUGUUGGGAAUGAGAUCAUCAUCCAGUGUGCUGCUGAUAAAACCCCUCAAGAUGGGGUGUACCUGUACAAACAAGAAGGAGCAAGUCAAAAUAAGCACGAAGUCUUCUACUAUUACAAAGAUGGAACUUUAAGCUCUAAAUCACAAUGGUGUCGGGACAACGUCAGAGUAACUGGAAUGUUUCCCAACUUUAAUGUCACCAUAUUGAAUCUAAACGCUACAGAUACUGGGUUUUACUGGUGUGAAUUUAAUUUGGAAGAUGAAAUAUCAGCCGGCACAGUCACAUGGUUAUGGAUAGAAGAAUCAGUAGAUAAAAAUACAAAUAGUACAAGAGAAGCAGACAGAGAAGAUGAUGAACAAGUGUGCUCAGGAGAUCUUCUUCUUCUUGGGAAGAUCUUUCUCAUUGUGUGUGCUGUCAUGAUGCUGCUGUGCAUCACUGGUUUCAUCUUUGUGAUUCUGAAGGGGUGUUGGAGGAACAAGAAACAAAGACCAUCAAGUCCACCCUCAGACUCAGUUUACGAAGAGAUGAAACGGAGCAAUUUGGACGGUCAGCCCAGAGUAAGGACGCUCAUCAACCCUGACUAUCAAUCCAUCAUGUUACUCCACUAAAUACCUGUGAUCUAAAGUUUAUAUCUUUAUUUGAAUUGGCAAAGCUUUCAGAUUAUUUAUUGCUUCAUAUUUGAGUUUCUCAUUCAAUUUUUUUUUUUAUCUUAUCCUUCUUUCAGUUCAAAGACAAAGAAACAUAAUCUACCUGAUCUAAUGACAAAAAACUGUGGGAACUUUUCAAAAGACGUACCAAUAGAUACAUACCAAUGUUGUUUCUAUCAGAAAUGAACACUAGAG